AUGGCGAACGACGAUGACGGUGGUAGAAAUGCCAGCGACGACGACGAGAAAGACGACGAUGUAGAGGCGAGCAGGUAUGCCUUUCUGCAGGAGGCAGAUGUGCGUAGCGAAUUAGAUGCAUCUAAUGCAACGGUGAAUGAUGCAUGCCAUUGUUUUGAACUAAUACAACGGAAGAGUUUCAAAGAUUGGCGAAAGCGAUUAGUGAUGGAAGUAUCAAUACACUCAGUGAUGCCUACUGGGAGGCAGUAA